CCCAGGUUUUCAGACUGUUAGACAGCAGAAAUGACCAUGACUGCCAACAAGAAUGCCAGUGUCAUCAGGAGAGCUGGAGGAUGUAAAGUUCCUCGAGAUACUCUGGAUCGGUGUCAUUCGGUCUCUCCCCCAGCACUUUUAUACCAGCCAAGAAGCCCAACAUAUCCCCUCAGUGACAGUGAGGAUUCCUGCCAUUCCAGCAGUUUCACGAAAGUUUCCAAUCCCAGGGGACUCCCCAAGGAUCAGAGUAGUUGGGGAGUUACCUUGAGAAGUACCUCCGCUUCCCCCUCUGACACUGAAUCUCCGAGUCAUCCCUUCAAAGCCAUCAGCAUUGGCUGUUUGGAUAAAAAGCUCUCCAUUUAUCAGACUGAAGACCAAAAGGAGGCUCCUAAGGAGACACAAGAUGGGGAAAUAGUAGGCAAUCGCCAGCUGUCUCACAGCACUCUGUCCUUGGGGACUGCAGCGAAUCUGCGGACCCUCUCCCUAAGCAGGGUUAGCAUCCACUCCCAAGCGCCAGACAUCAGGCAGAAGAUAUCGGAAUGGGAGUGCCGCAAAGAGCCAUCCCCUAGAAUGAGUGUAUGCUUGGACAAGAGGGAUGUUGGAGACAGGCCAGGCAGUGAGGGCUGUCCCAGCAUGUUGCCUUCUCCAUGCAGCGAGAAGACGUUUGAAUACAAAGGCUUCCGGAGGACCAGCAGAACGUUUUCGGAAUGCUCCUACCCAGAAACAGAGGAGGAGGAAUUCCUGGACAGAGAUUCCUGCCACCGGUUUGAAAAGAGGCCGAGCAGGAGCGAGUCUUCAAAUGCUUUCCUGAAGGGGCACGCCAGGAAAGAACCUUCUGCCGUGUUGAACAGAAUACAGAAAAUUGAACAGGCAUUAAAAGAACAACCUGGCAGGGGUCUUCCUCAGUUGCCAAGUAGCUGCUAUAGUGUUGACAGAGGAAGGAAAAAAUCUGUGACUUCCAGUAUCGCUGAAGACUUGGCAGAAAGUGCAAGUGAUAAUAAAGCAGGGAAUAUUAUAUGUAGGACUAAUCCAGGCACACCCACCGAGACUGAGAAAAGUAGUAAAACACAGCAAGGACUGAAUGCUACUGUCAGUUCUGCUGGUCCUAAGCUGCUUCCCGAGAGCCUGGUUAACACGGCAGUAAACCCUGUACCCAAGCCCAAACGCACCUUUGAGUAUGAAGCUGACAAGAACCAUAAAGACAAACCAAGCAAUGGCCUACCUCCAUCACCUAUGGCUGCUGCCCCGCCCCCUCUUCCUUCAACCCCUGCUCCCCCUGUCACCAGGAGGCAGAAGAAAGAGUCACGCUUCCAUAGAAAGUCCCAGAAUAGAAAAUCCUUUGAGUUUGAAGAUGCUUCCAGCCUCCAGUCUUUGUAUCCUCCCUUCCCAAACGAGAACGGUACUGAGAGCCAGCACAAGUCUGGAUCUAAGAGCACUUUAGAAGAGAAUGCCUAUGAAGACAUCGUAGGAGAUUCACCCAAGGAAAAUCCAUACGAGGACGUGGAGCUAAAAGGCCGUCAUGCAGGCCGAAAAUCUCAGCUGUUGUCGGAGAGUUCCCUAGAUUCUUUGCACAGGAUGUGGACUCCGCAGGACAGGAAGUACACAACACCUCCACAGCUACCUUCAAAGCCCAGCAGCCAAUCUCUGAGAAUUGGGAACUGGUCAGAAAGGAAAAGCCAUCGCCUGCCACGAUUGCCCAAGAGACACAGCCAUGAUGACAUGCUGCUUCUGGCCCAGCUCAGCACGCCCUCCUCUCCCUCCAGCCUGAACGAAGACAGCCUUAGUACAACAAGUGAGCUGCUGUCCACGCGUAGGGCCAGGAGGGUCCCAAAGCUCGUACAAAGGAUCAAUUCAAUCUUUAGUGCAAAAAGGGGGAAAAAAAGAUUGAAGAAGCUUUCAAUGUCCAAUAUUGAAACAGCAUCACUGCGAGAUGAGAACAGUGAGAGUGAGAGCGAUUCAGACGACAGGUUUAAAGCUCACACGCAGCGCCUUGUGCACAUCCAGUCAGUGCUGAAGAGAGCCCCUAGUUACCGGACCCUGGAACUGGAGCUGAUUGAGUGGCAGGAACGUGAAUUGUUUGAAUAUUUUGUAGUAGUUUCCCUUAAGAAGAAGCCCACAAAAAAUACGUAUCUCCCUGAAGUUACAUAUCAAUUUCCAAAGCUAGAGAGGCCCACGAAACAAGUCCGCGAAGCAGAAGAACGGCUCAAGGCCAUCCCUCAGUUUUGUUUUCCAGAUGCCAAGGACUGGAACCCAGUGGCAGACUACAGCAGUGAGACCUUUUCUUUCAUGCUGACUGGAGAAGACGGCAGCAGAAGGUUUGGGUACUGCCGAAGAUUACUACCAAGUGGAAAAGGUCCACGCCUACCUGAAGUAUAUUGUGUCAUCAGCCGCCUGGGUUGCUUUGACUUAUUUUCAAAGAUACUAGAUGAAGUUGAAAGGAGGAGGGGAAUAUCAGCUGCCCUGGUUUACCCAUUUAUGAGAAGUCUGAUGGAGUCUCCCUUUCCUGCACCUGGAAAGACAAUCAGAGUCAAGACUUUCCUGCCUGGAGCUGGAAAUGAGGUGAUAGAACUUCGACGACCGAUGGACUCUCGCCUAGAGCAUGUGGACUUCGAGUGUCUUUUCAAGUGUUUGAGUAUACGACAGAUCAUCAGAAUCUUUGCUUCCCUCCUGGUGGAACGACGAGUGAUCUUCAUAGCAGACAAACUCAGCACUCUCUCCAGCUGCUCUCAUGCAGUGGUGGCUCUGCUGUACCCCUUCUCCUGGCAGCAUACCUUCAUUCCUGUCCUCCCCUCUUCCAUGAUUGACAUAGUCUGCUGCCCUACUCCAUUUCUGGUCGGACUGCUGUCUAGCUCACUGCCCAAACUAAAGGAGCUACCUGUAGAAGAGGCUUUGAUGGUGAAUCUUGGAUCUGAUCGGUUCAUAAGACAGAUGGAUGAUGAAGAUACACUUUUGCCUAGGAAACUGCAAGCGGCUCUGGAGCAGACUCUGGAGAGGAAGAAUGAUUUACUCAACCAGGAUUCAGACAGUGAAUCAGAUGAGGAGUGCAACACCCUGAAUGGAUUAGUAUCAGAAGUUUUCAUCCGUUUUUUUGUGGAGACGGUUGGACACUAUUCCCUUUUCCUAACUCAAAACGAAAAGGCCGAGCGCGUCUUCCAGAGGGAGGCUUUCCGUAAAUCUGUCGCUUCGAAGAGCAUCCGUCGUUUUCUAGAGGUCUUCAUGGAAUCUCAGAUGUUCGCUGGGUUUAUCCAAGACCGAGAACUGAGAAAAUGCAGGGCAAAGGGUCUCUUUGAACAGAGGGUUGAACAGUAUUUGGAAGAACUUCCAGACACUGAACAAAGUGGAGUAAAUAAGUUUCUACGAGGACUCGGAAAUAAAAUGAAGUUCCUUCACAAGAAGAAUUAAUUCCUUUCUACUGAGAUGUGGAUCCAAAGACUGUUUAUGACACUGGGCACAGAACACCGCCUGCAGCAAUUCUGAUUCUGGUCCUG